GGUUGGGUUUAUCAAAACUUUGACGCUGGCUCCCACCUCGCUGGCCCUCAAGCAUACCGAUUUAGAUACAACUUCAUAUUCAGGAGCGCAUCUGGAAGUACCGAACACAUUGCUGACCUUCAGCCAAUUUCGCCCCCCAAAAAAGCCAUUCUAUCCCUGGCAGCCCGUCAGCACUAAGGGCCUAAGGUCCAAUUUGAUGCGUGGUGAGACUCGGAAGGCAUUUGGCAUCCCUGUAUUUACAUCCAUGGAAAGAAACAAUUACACCGGGGGGCACACGUUUUCUCACUUUCCCAAAUAUUUCUGGUUUGGUAUAUUAAGGUGGCUAUUGGUUAAUUUUCGCUCUCGGCUUCCCUUGCUUGGUGCCGACAAAACACAGUGCUUGCGCCCCUGACUGCCCAACUUUGAAGAUCCUAUUAAUAUGUUUGAUACAUCCCAUGUCCGAGAAAUUGAACAUCUUCUUUCCCCUUUCUUGUAUAUACAAGGUGAACAUUGGCAUAAUUCCGAUCUUUUUCUUAAAACUCUUGCGCCCGAUCCAAACCCCUUUAUAUCGUUCAGUCCCUUCUUUGAAACAAUUUGCCGCAGUAAAAAACUGUCUACCACGACCUCGUUGGGAUAUAUCAAAGAGGUUACAGCAAGAUGGAUCCAAAGGGGGACGCGGUCCCCUUAACAUCAGUUUUUACUCCUCCAUCUUCCUGCUCGUCGAGUUGGACUUAUGAAGAGGCAUAUUACAACAGCGUAACUGGCGGCCUGCUGAUGCAGAACGCCUUCAACAAGCGCGACCCCAAUUGUUUCCCCCCUUUCUUCGAAGGGAUAGGACGAGGACAGAUUCAACAGGUGUAUAGCCCAGGAUACUGUCCCCAGGGUUAUACCUCUCCAGUCGCGACAACAAAUAACGCGGUAACAACUGCAAUCUGCUGCCCGUCGGACUAUACUUACUUCACAACCCUCACGACGAUAAACUUCUACUCCAAAACAACAAUUUUUGCGGGCUGCAUCAGUACCUUUCCUGAAUCUAGCAUAACGACCGUCCUCGCCCGCACUGGCCAGGCUAGUCUUGCACACUCGGUCGUCACAGGCCCAAUAACUAUGUGGGGUCAGGCGAUUCUCGUCCAGUUUGAAUCGAAAGACCUCUCCAUGUACUUGUCAAACACCAUCACCACUUCCAGUUCUUCUACGAGCACCACUGCAAGCCAAACCUCGACCCAACCAACCCCGUCCCAACCAGCAAAUAACAAUCAGCCUCCACCAACUUCUCUGCCCCCUUCUAGUGACGGCAAGGAGCCUGAACUCUCCGCCGGCGCUAAAGUCGGGAUCGCUAUCGGUGCCGUCGGCGCUGUAGGGAUACUCAUAGCUCUAGUGUUUUUCAUCCGCCGCAGCCGCCGCCGCCGCCACCACCAACUGCGACCCGUCGAUGCGAUUCAGGAGCUAGACACAGGUGCUCCGCGGAAUGGCUUCUGGCCCCAGAAGUUCCAGAGCAUCCCUAUACAUGAGAUGCCCGCCUCAUGAAGCAAUGGACGGGCACUCUGAAGCUGUGCGUAUACCUUGCACAUGCAACGCACAUAGAAUAAGCCCAGGGAGACUUUGUGGGUAUCUAUCACGAACAGCGCGCCUGAUUUUUGGGGGAUUCGGCUGACGGGAUCGCUAGAUUCGCGAGGGGUUUAAAUCAAAACAAAUCAAAAAAACAAAAAAAAAAAAAAAACGGCGUUUGUCCUCUCCGUCUUUUCGUCCAUUAACCAAUCCCGUUUUCAACGGGAUAUUGCCCAAUUCAUGUCGUGGCCCCACUGACACCAUCCAUCGCCCACGAAGUAUACGACUCAAAUCAAAUCUGAAAAACUUUGCUCGAAGAGUUCGUAGGAGUUCCUUUUACUCAUGUCAUCCAGGGAGACACGUGGGCUGGCCACGGGAACGGGGAACAUUUUACCUUUUCUUGAAGACAGACAAUCGAGUUAACCCGCCGCCCCCAACCCUUGGCCCCCAACCC